GCCGCCAGCCCCGGGCCCCGCUCCCGUCCCGGGGCCACUCCCUUGCCCAGCGCUGGGGGACGGACACGGGCACGGAAGGGGGCCGGGAGGGGCAGCCCCGUGUCCCGGAGCCCCGAGGGCGCAGUCCCGCGUCCCGGCGGCCGGCGCGGCCCCGCCGCUAGCGACGGUCCCUGCCCGGCCGCGCCGCCGCUCUCUGCAGACGCCCCGCGGGCCCCGCUCCGCCACCGCGCGGCCUCCCUGGGAACAUGGUGGCGCAGGCCCACAGUGCCGGUCCCCGCAGGCAAUGGGGGCGUCUGAGCCCCCCAACUUCUCGUGGGUGGCAGAGGGGCGACUUGCGGGCCUGGCCAUGCCGCGGGAAGCAGGGCACUACCGGUUCCUGCUGAGCCAGGGCGUGCGGCACCUGGUGUCGCUAUCGGAGCGGGCACCCCCGCACCAUGGCUGCUGCCCCGCCAUCCAGCUCCACCGGCUCCGCGUGCCCGACUUCAGCCCCCCGACACCCGGGCAGAUACAGAGCUUCCUGCAGCUGGUGGAGGAGGCCAACGCCCGUGGCGAGGCUGUGGCAGUGCACUGUAUGCUGGGACAUGGCCGGACGGGCACCAUGCUGGCCUGCUACCUGGCGAAGGUGCAGAAGAUGAGUGGCGGCGAUGCCAUCCGGGAGAUCCGGCGGCUGCGGCCUGGCUCCAUUGAGACGCGGGAACAGGAGCAAGCCGUGAUCCAGUUCUGCCAGCGUGUUCGCGCUGGAGAGGACAGCAAGGAGGCGUGAGCAUGACCAUCUCCCCAGGGCAGCGUGUGCUGGACGGGUUCAAUGGAGACAGUUGCUCCAAAAUGGCGAGGGGCCUUUCGCAGCACCAAGGUGCUGCCGUCUGUCCCCUCCCACAUUAAAGGACUCUCCUGUGGCUUCUC